UAGUAUUUUAGAUGGUGGUAGUACUGAUUGUCAUCUACAAAUUUAUUGAUAUGUUCAAAAUUCAAUAUUUGGGAGGAAGCAUAUCUCACUUUAUGUUUUUAUAAAAAUAAUAUCGCCCAACAGUAAAAUUUUUCGUCAGGAUUCUCGCAACGGAUUCCCAACAUGACCCAUCUCAGCAUUAGAUCUACCUUGGCUUACACCUUUUCUGCUACUACCUUGAUAACUACCCUCAUUCUCAUUCUAUACCAUGUUCUUACUGGAAAGGGUGAAAGAAUAAGCGUAGGAUGGUUCCUGGAAAGUACUUCACCUCAUAUGUGGUGCUGUCUUGGAAUAGGAUUAUCUGUCUCUCUUUCGAUUGUGGGAGCCGCAGUAGGAAUUCAUACCACCGGAGUCAGCAUUGUGGGAGGAGGAGUGAAGGCACCUCGAAUUAAAACCAAAAAUUUGGUAUCUGUAAUUUUUUGUGAGGCCGUUGCGAUUUAUGGUUUGAUUAUAGCCAUUGUGCUCUCUGGAUACAUGGAAGACUUCACUUGGAAUUUAGUAGUGAAUGAUGAAUUUCUCAAGUCGAAGAAUUGGUUGGCAGGCUACCUCAUGUUUGGGUCUGGUCUAUCAACUGGAAUGGUCAAUUUAUUCUGUGGAAUGGCAGUAGGAAUUGUAGGCUCAGGAGCAGCUUUAGCUGAUGCUGCUAAUGCUACUUUGUUUAUGAAAAUACUUGUUAUUGAAAUUUUUGGCAGUGCUAUUGGCCUUUUUGGUCUAAUCGUGGGAAUAUAUAUGGUUUCCAAAGUUCAAAUGGGGGACAAAAUCCACUAAAUGCAUCACUUUAAGUGGUGUAUUAUAGAAAAAAAUGACAGAAUUAUUAGAUAUCAGUUAUCUACUGGGUACUAGGUUUCAAAAUACAGUAAAACUCCUAAGUCCUCCAAUUUAUUGAAAUGAAAAAUUGUCUUCGUCUGAUUUAAUUAUGAUUUUUUUUGUUUUUUAUAAAAUAAGAACAUACUUUCAAUAUUAGCAAUGGAAAAAUCUCUUGAAAUUUUGCAUUUGAGUUUCAAUUGAAUUUUAUCCAGAGUAUAAGUGGAUUUAUGCAAGUCAACUCAACUUAUGCAUAACUUUACUGGAGAAUUCAACUUAUGAAAAUUAUUUUAUGCAAAAUUUUUCAAGAUAAAUUGGAAUAACAUGCACCUGCGUCUGAAUUGACUUCAAAUAGAUCAAAUAAUUAUGGACUCAAUCAUAUGUUUCAUGAAAACAUUUUGUAAGAAAAAAUAAGUAAUAUGAUCCACUUUUAAUUUUUUUACUUGUAGCAUUUGAUAGCAUAAACUGGAGAAAUUGUAACUGAUAGUUAUAAAUUAACAAGUCGAUGAACUAUGCAUGGUGACACCAAAACUUAGUACAUAGCUCCAUUCAGUUUGUGGGGUAAUAAAUUGAUAUUCACAACUAAGGUAUAGUUCAUUGAAAAUAAUAUUGCUACUAAUUAAACAAAAUUGAAAAUCUAUACCGGUUUAACCUAAAAUAAACUCAUGUCAAACAUUUUAAAUAAAACUUUUUUAGACUGAUAGGAUAUGAAAUUCCCUUUUCUCACGAUCUAACUGCCAUUUUAUUUAAAUUUAAUAUGUUGAUACUAUGGAAAUAUUGUCAAGCAACUUGAUGUAGUGAGAAACAAGACGAAUUUUGCUGAGUUUUUCAUGUGUUUACAAACUUCCUUCCAAUAUAUGCAAUAGAAAAACCUCACUUUCACACUGACACAGACAAAUAAACCGUAUUCAGAAGAUUCAUCUGAUGGAGUAGUAAACAUUCUGCUGAAGAAGUUGGAUUUAAAGAUUUGCUCCUGGAUUCAUGGGAUACGCCCAUCAAGACAUCCAGGAAAUCCUUCGAUAUCUGUCAGAAGAUUUACAUGAGGACGUUAAUAGAAUUACUGAGAAAGCUGAAGCGAUCUUAACGGAGAUUGACGAAAAAUUGAGCUACAGCGAAAAAGCACAAGAGUCAUGGCGGAAAUAUUUGAGAAUGUACAACUCUUAAGAUUGUAGAAAAUUUCUUGGUCAAUUAAAAUCCACGAUGAAGUGUACACACUGUGGAUACUCAUCAGUAACCUUCGAUCUUUUCUGGGAUUUUUCUCUUCCCAUACCACAAAGAACUGGCCAAUUGAACCGACAUGUUUGAAGGUGCAAUAUAAAAAUAUUCUCUCCCAUGAAAAAAUUUAGAGUAAGAAUUGAAUGUUGCCAUAAACUUUCCUCUGGAAGGAUUAUAUGUGAGCGAUUAUGUAGCACGCAAUGUGGGUUUUUGUCGUUAUAAUCUAUAUUAACUUUCGAAUCACAGGUGGCAUUUCACAGACACCUCUACACUGGCACGUGACACGAAUACAAUGAUUCAUAUGUAUCUCAAAUUACACCAAAAUCGCUAGUGAGUGAAGAGGCAUAUAUCCUCUUUUAUGAAAUGGAAGAAAAGAAAUGACACCUAUUGUCAUGUCCAAUUAA